AUGGCGAGAAAGAGUAAGGGACGACAAAAGGUUGAGAUGGUGAAGAUGAAUAAUGAAAGCAAUCUCCAAGUAACUUUCUCCAAACAUCGAGCCAGACUUUUCAAGAAGGCGAGUGAAUUGAGCACUCUAUGUGGGGCUGAGAUUGCUAUUAUCGUCUUCUCACCCGGUCAGAAGGUCUUCUCUUUUGGCCAUCCUUGUGUCCAUACUGUGUUGGAACGUUUUGUUUGUGGUAAUCCACCACAAGCUGCUUCUGGAACCAUGAAACUCAUUGAGGCUCAUCGGAACACUAGUGUCCGUGAGCUAACACGCAUGACAAUGAAACAUAACUACUACUUAUGA